GGCUGGGAAAUGCUGAUAUUCCUUCGUCUCCUGUUCAGGCAGGCCAUCAUCAUCCUCACCAUCAACUCUCCUCAACCCCCCCUCUAUGACCUUCCAUAUUCCCCCUCUCCUCUUAUCCACUCUCUCCCACUCCUUUUCCCUCUCCAAACCCUUCCACAAUCUAUCUUCUCCGCAGCCAAUCCUACAACGCACACACCCCACCGAACACACAUGCACCCGCGAAACAGCAACGCACCUACCCCCCUUCCUUGCUUCUUCCCUAGUACUAACCCCGCGAGUAUCCCUCGGAUCACGGCAAGCAUCUCCAGCUACGAGCACCAACAAUGAAAUUACCACAAUUUGAACAGGAAUAAGGAGGAUAGGUAUGAGGAUGGUAGC